UUCCCCCUCCUACAUAGUUCGCAAUUUGAUCAGAAUUUUACAUUGCAGAAAAAAAGUUGCGUUUCGUUAUAAAUAAUCGCAAGUUUCAAAGUUCUUAACGUGAUGUCGAAAUUGUACAUUCGGCACGAUGGUGUUCACGAUCGAUGAAGCUUCUUUGAUAUGAUCUGUAUCGUUAACGGGAGAUCUCGUGGCUUUCGUAAUAAAAGAAAUAGUAUUUUGAUGUAAAAAAUGUUACUUUUGCUCGAGCAGAGCUAUAUCUCGCCGAUCGUACGAUCCACAAUCGCUAUUACAUCGUGAGUUUCGAAAAUCUGAACGAAACUUCGACGAAUAUAACCUAUACAGAAUAUACUUAUGCCUGCUUUUGUAUAUAAGUUGAUCCUUGUAGCUGUUAAGGAACUUUACAAUCCUUCAAAAUGUUGGAAGGACUCGUUGCCUGGGUGUUAAAUAAUUAUCUCGGGAAAUACGUGGAAAAUUUAAAUACUGAUCAACUGAGUAUCGCCUUACUCUCUGGUGAAGUUGAAUUAGAGAAUUUGCCAUUAAAGAAAGAGGCCUUGCGUCAUAUUGGAUUACCAGUGGAAAUAAAAGCAGGAUUUAUUGGUAAAGUAAGAUUACAAGUGCCUGUUCGUCAAAUAAGAACAGCUUCAUGGGUCAUAGUGAUAGAGCAACUUUAUUUGGUAGCUGGGCCAAUCAGUUUGGAUGAGUUUGAUAGUGAAACAGAAGAACAGGCAAUUUUAGAAUAUAAGUUGAGUCGACUAGAUUCAUUAGAAGCAAGAUGGAGAACAGAUACAGAACGAGAUCCUGGUUAUUAUGCCACCAGUUACAGUUCCUGGGUAAAUUAUGGCACCUCCUUGAUCACAAAUAUUAUUGAAAAUUUACAGCUCAAUAUUAAGGAUGUUCACAUAAGAUAUGAAGAUGGUGUGACAUUGUCAGAUGGUACUGGUGUUACACUUGGUGUAACUAUAGGAGCUCUAACUGCACAAAGUUGUGAUGCUAGUUGGAUACCUGGUUCUACGUCCUGGAAUCUCACAGAUGCUUCUUUCAAGCUCAUGGAACUUGACAGGCUUUCCAUUUAUUGGAAUCACAUGAAAAAAGAUGAAUUUCUUGGGUCUCUUAAUCUCGGUGAUUUAGCUAUUGCCAUGAGCGAGUCAAACAAUAUAAUAAAGAACCACAUCUUAUUACCUGUUAAUGCGAGAGCUCAUAUCAAGAGAGAUAGGUCUGAACGACCGUUGAGAUCUACGAAUAAACCUAGAAUGGUUGUUGAUCUUUUAUUAGAUGAUGUCCCAUUAUGUCUCACAGAUGUACAAUAUGAUCAAAUAGUUAAAUGUAUAAGAGAAUUGAAAGAUAUAGAACGUCGUAAGCAACAGAGAUGUUGCCGUCCAUUGCUUAGUGUGUCUGCUGCUCCAAGGGAAUGGUGGAAGUAUGCAGCAAGGUGUCACCUCGGAAAAGAUGCUCUGAAACCUAAACCAUCAUGGAAAGAUAUCCUUCAAAGAGGCAAUGAGAACAUUUUAUAUGUAGAGAGUUACAUUAAAUUGCUAGGAACACCAACUAGUAUCUUACCUCCAGAUAUCAAACAGUUAAAAGAAAAGAUAGAACAGGAACGAAGUUUCGAUGAAUUGAGAGUACUGAGAGAAGUAGCAAUGUAUAGAGUUAAACCUCCAAAACUACCUCAAAAUUCUGAUGUAAAUGUACCACAACCUAGAGGAAUGUUGGAGCAGUGGUUUCCACAGUGGUGGGGCUGGUAUUCAAAGAGUUCAAACACGAACACUCAAAGUACAUCCUCUACAUUUGAUGGAGAGCUUUUGGAUGUUUUGGCAGACACUAUAGAUGAUGACACCUUGUUACGUCGAGAUACUGUGUUUGGACAGUUCAAUUUUGCUUUAUCUAAAGGCGCUUUUUCCCUUUGUACGAUGAAGAAUGAUGGCAAGAAUACGAAAGCGGUUAUAGAGCUACAGUUCGAACGAGUAAACUUGAGUUACGAUUCGAGACCCAGAUAUGGAUCUCACAAAUUCUUUAUUAGUUUGGGGGCCUUGUAUCUUCACGAUUAUCUCACAGAGAAUUCCACAUUCCCGAUUUUGGUGCAGCCUCAAAUAAUUCCCACAAUAACCUCUAGAGUACGUGGUUCUUCAGAAAAGUUAACCAAUCAAUUACCUCAACAACUCUUUGAAAUGACUUACGAAAAAAGACCAUUGCACUUAAAUGCUGAUCAUUUGCUGCAAGUGAAUUCAAAGUCAUUAGAUGUAGUUUACAACCCUACAGUGAUACAUUGGCUUAUAGACUUCAUGUGCAAACCACAUAGAUCAUCGACCAAUCAAAGGUUUCAAGCAAUGAAGCGACGAACUCGAAGACAACUCAUCAAGAACUGGGAACAGAUUUUAGAUGGAGAUUUGGUAUAUCGCUCAUCCUGGGAUUUGCAGUUCAAUAUAUCAGCACCACAGAUUCUACUAGUUGAGAAUUUUACCGAUUCCAAUGCUGCGGUGGUUGUUGUAGAUUUCGGAAAGCUCCACUUGUCGAAUAACGUACAAAAUAACGAAGUAAUCAUUAAAUCGAACUCUCCUGAACUAAAUAGCGACGAUGAAGAUGAAAGAUUCGAGACACCUUGUUCGACACCGCCUGGAAGUCAAGAAAAUGGUUCCAUACAAGACUUCCCGACCAUUUCUGAGACAGCAUUGCAUCAGAAACUGUACGACCACUAUACUAUCGAUCUGGUGGAUUUGCAGAUUCUCGUAGGGAAAGUGAAGGACAAUUGGAAACACAUACGAACCAGGGGGAUGUCUAGCUUGCACGUUCUGGAACGUUUCAACAUAUCCUUGCAAAUUGAACGAAGAGUGUUUGCUUCCUCUGAUCCGAAUUUGCCAUCCGUGACUGUAUCUGGGAAUCUGCCAAGACUGGUGGUUCAUGUUAAUGAACAGAAGGUGGAGGCAAUUAGACUGAUGUAUAAUUUAUUAUCUAGCUUCUCGAAAUCCACAGGAAUUUCUCAGGCUGAUGUAAUCAGUAUAGAACCAGAGAGUCCUAAGAAAGAAGAGAGCCUAGACAAAUCUUUAAGCCACGCAGUUAUGGUUCAAUUCAUUAUUGAUCAGAUGACUUUCGAGUUGCAAUCUAGAGGCCGUAGUGUUGCAGAACUUCAGGUCUCUGGAGUCCGAGCCGGUUUUAGCAAAAGGUCUGCAGAUAUCAAUGUUUCCCUAUCUGUCCAUGGUUUGCUUCUCGUUGAUGCUCUUCAGGAAUUUGGUCCGGAUUUUGAAUUAUUAGUAGCCAGUCACAAACACGUAGGGAUGGACAGUAUUUCUGGAAGCUUAAGAGAUUCGGAACCAACAUCUCCUGUUUCCCCAGUCUCUCCUGGUUCUCCCGAUUCCAAUAUGCCAAGGAGAUUGACUUCUCCAGUUGCUUUGACCAAUGCUUUGUCUAAUCUAGCAAGCAAAGCGAAGAAUCCGCAAUCACCCAGGAAUAAUUCUUUAAUCGAAUUGGAGAAAAUGGAUUCUGAAGCUUUGAUAGUAGUUGAAUUAACUUUAGUAUAUGAUACAUUAGAGAUUUUGAGAGUAGCCAAUAUUCAGUUCAACAACUUGGAUAUUAUUGCUAAUCAGGAGACCAUUGUAGAACUAAUGGGAUUCUUUAAAAGGAUAUUCCCUUCUCAAAGGAAGAUAAAACCAGGAUACAUUGAGAGACAAGAAUCCCUUUCAAGUCAAACUAUGGAGCCAAAAGUUUCCACCAGGACAGAAGUAACCUUUGAUUUUCAUAGACUGAAUGUGCUUCUCUUAAGGGCAGUGAUACAGGAUAAUCACUUGGUUGGUCAGAAAAUCGCCACAGCUACGAUGUGUGACGCUCGCAUACAAGCUACUUUGGCAGUAAACGCUUCUAUCUCUGGUUCACUUGGAGGUUUACAAAUCUUGGAUCAAACACCAACCGGUAAAACGCACCAAAGAAUCGUCAGUGUUGGAAGAGACCCAAUAGCUGAUCCAUCUCAACAUCCAUUAGAAUAUUUUCCUGGUCUGCCUAAUCAGCCAGAAGCUUUAAGGUUUUCCGCCAAUCGAUGUACCAAACCUUGUGUACAACAGCAGGAUGGAAUGGAAACCUUAAUAGAUCUAACAAUUCGUAUUGGUAGUGUUUGGUAUACCCACGCUCCUCAUUUAUUGUCAGAGUUACGUUCUUGUGCUGACGAGUUUAAACAGUAUUUGAGUAAGCUUGCACGGCAGAUCAGCGCAGCUGCCACAGACAUGGCCAUAGGCUUAGUAAACGCAGAGGACUGGUCCAUUCCACCUCGUAGACGUUUACCAAGUUUGUCUGUGGAUUUGGAAAAUUCAGGAAGUUUGUCUUUGAAAUUAGAUAUCCUGUUGGAUAGUCCUGUUUUGGUAAUUCCGCGUUCGUCUCACAGUAGACAAGUUUUCGUCGCACAUCUUGGCACUAUGUCCUUGCAACAUGAACCUCAUCAAGGUUCCAUGGCGAAGCACAAAUUAACUCUAGAAGUUAGGGAAAUGAAUUUGUACUCUUUGGAGAUAUCUGCCAACGUGGGACAAGUUCAUAGUAAUCUCCCUCUAAGAGCCGAAGAAAUAUACUGUUGCAAAGAAUCAGGCAAGCCAAUUUUGCAUGAUACUGUAUUAAAAGUCGUGGUUGAAAAAGAGAAUGCGUUAGCACAAAGCCCGAGUUUCUUUCUCGACAAUGAAUUUUUCAGUAGUCCUAUUGUCCAAGUCCAUGGAGUUGUAAUGACACCACUGAAAGUCUCCCUAUCUCGAGAACAAUAUGAGCAGUUAUUAGACACUACUAAUAGACUUUUCUCCAUGCCAGUAUCUGUACCCGUUGUUCAGAAGUCUCAAGCAAUGAGCAAAGCACCAAAUUAUUCUGAUAAACUUGAUCUCUCCAUCAAAGUUUUAUUCGAACUGCCUACUCUAGGUAUAGAACUCAAACAGGGACUUUUGGAACAGCCAUUAGUUGAAUUGUCCAUGAGGGAUUUUGUGGCCAAAUAUGAGAAAUUGCAAAAAAAUGAAUCCACUAUUCAAGUUGCUCUACGAUCCCUUUUGAUGGAGGACCUUCUUUGUCCUAUUGGCUCCAGGCAUAGAUAUAUGAUGCAAUCGUCAGCUCCGACUCGUGCCAAACUUUUAGCUGGUGUCUCUAAGUCUUGUCCUGAUUUUGCCUUUGUACAACAAAUUAGAAGCGAAUUUGGGCGAGGAAGUUUACCCGACAGAUUAGAAACUGAUACCUUAUAUGGGACAAUUCCUGCUCACUGGCGCAGAAAACCAGUUUCUUUGGCAAACACGCCAAAUACUCCACCUCCGUCUCCUGGUGCAUCAACCAGUGAAGAGAAUCUGGUACUAAUGAGCAUUACCAUAACAGAACCAGAUUGUGAUCUGCCAACGAAAAAUCAAUUUCAUCAGAAACUUGUCACAGUGGAUUUUAAUUGUUUGGAUUUGGUCAUUAAUGUCGAAUCCUGGAUGGUGGUAUUUGAUUUCUUUGGGUUUGCUGGUCCCUCAGGAAGCAGUCCUAAAGUUACAAUGCAUCAAACGUCCACUGGCACAGAUCAAUUGGACAAGGCGGAUAAUCUACCUCUACGAUCAGAAACUGGGAUAGAAGUUAGAUCUUUAACGCUGGUUUUGAUACAAUCUGAGAGGGAAAUUGCUAAAGCCAAUGUAUCUAAUGCAAACAUGCACAUUUUGAAAGCAAAUGGGAAGACGAAGGUGUCAGGAUCCUUGGGAUCGAUGUCUUUGCUAGACCUAACACCGCAUGGAAGAUUUUAUAGAGAGAGGUUCCUUUCAUCUGGGCGGAAAGCUCUGAAUUUUCAGUAUUCCAGCUAUAUUGAUUCUGAAAAACGACCUUAUGAUGCCCAAUUAAAACUAGAGAUGUCUGCUGUCCAUUAUGUACACACUCAAAGAUUCGUGGCAGAACUUCAAGCGUUCAUUGGCCAUUUUUCUCAACUUUGGACCAUUAUGGCUAAUCUGAGAGCUGGUGUUGGCGCUAUAAUCGAUACUAACAGGAGAAGCAUAAGAUUAUCUUUAGAAUUAGAAGCAGGUGCACCAGUAAUCCUAUUGCCAGUUAGUUCUAGAUCAGAUGAAAUGUUAUUGCUGGAUCUGGGAGAGCUCACCGCACAUAAUCGAUUCGAAACUUCAGAAGUGAUAGAUAAAUGCAUGCUGGACAUAAUGUUCCUUGAACUUGUUAAUAUGGACGUCUAUGCAGCUAAACGGAUUAAGUGUGAUAAUGAUCAGGAUGGCAAUAUGGAUAAUCUGCUUGUUGGUGGUUUUUAUAUCAAGAAACUUGGAUCAUCCUUGCUCACUGAAAUGUGCCAUUUGAAAUUACGUAUCGAAAGAAACUUGGACACCUAUAUUAGUAGAGAAAUUCCAGAUUUGAGCAUUCAUGGAACGCUAUCCACAAUGGAUUGUGCUUUGGACCCUGCUCAGUAUAUGUUGAUUCGAGGUUUACUUUCUUACAAUAUCGGCGAAAAUUUGGAUGACUUGCGACAAUUCAUGCAAGAUCUGAAUGAAACUGUUGAGUAUUCCAUAGUUAGCAUGGAUAACAAGGGGAAAAUCUGGAAAAAAUCGUGCAUAACGCUAGAAUUGGUAAAUGUUACUGUUAAGCUGCAUCCAAAUCAUAAUAUUGCAGCAUUAGCUUGUAUUAAUUUUAUAAAAUCCAGAUUGACAUUAGAUUCAUUGAGUGAUGGAUCACAGGAUAUUGAUUUAGUAUCCCAGGAAAUACUAAUUAUGGACAUGAGAUUUCAGGAUGAGCCUGCUAACAAACAAUCUAAUGUUUUCACAAGUAUUUUACAGCCUCUGAGAAAUUCAAAUAAUGAAAAUCGCGUCCAGGCUGAGGUUCAUCAUAGAAGGCGUAAAGCAAACGCGGCCACGACUAUUUUGGUCCACAGCAUGCGCUUAACUGCUAUACUAGACUGGUGGGAGGCUGUAAGAGAUUUCCUAAUUUUGAAUUCUGUAGAACCAGGACCCAUUGGAACUGCUCAGAUAAUCACCGAAAACAACCAAGAAAACGACAGUAAUGCUUUGUCUGCAAUACCAUUCGAAUUAAAGAUUAAUAUCACUGAUUCAGAAUUAGUUAUUGUAGAGGAUACAUCGAUUCGCGAUACGAACGCCGUUAUUCUGAAAAACACAGCUGUUCUUUCUUAUAGAUCUGCCCCUCAAGAAGGUGAAAAGCCUCUUUCUUGUAACCUGUCCCAUUGCGAACUCUUUUCCUGUGUCUUAGGGCUAGAAGAAGAGACUGCAUUAUCUAUAAUAGAUCCAGUUGGAGCCAGUUUGGAUUUGACAGUAGAUAAAUGUCUUGAAAUACAAUUGCAACCUCUGUGCGUAAGAUUAAGUUACCAUGAUGUGACUAUGUUCUCUAGAAUGCUCAGUUCUCUACCAAAACAGACUCUAGUAGCUAAACAACGCUCCAGUGAAGCAUUGACACCCACCGAGAGGCAAGUACAAAAAUUGACAGCCCUGGGAUUUACAGAUGCUGACUGUAGAGCUGCUUUGGAUCUUUGUAAUGGGCAAUUGGAUGAAGCAGCUUUGUGGUUAACUCAACAUGCAGUACCUAAUUCAGACACCAGUACAAACAACGAGUCCGUUUUUCGCACUUUUGAAAUUCAAACAUCAUGUGCAAGAAUAUGCAUUAUAGAUGACUGUAGAGACGCUGAUGUACCAUUACUGGAGAUUUCCUUACAAGAUCUUAAUUUGAGACAAGAACGCGUGGGACCUGGUAUAGUAUCUACUACUUUCAGCAUUGAUUAUUAUAAUAGAGUUCUCAGUGGCUGGGAGCCCUUCAUCGAACCAUGGUGUGCUACUGUUCAAUGGGAGCAGAUGUUAACUAAUUCUUUCAAUGCAAAGAGGCUGCAGAUGUCUGUUAACUCCCAAGAUUCUGUUGAUGUUAACAUAACUUCAACGCUAAUAGAGUUGAUAGAGUUGGUUAAGAACAACUGGAUGCAGGAUUUCUACUCUACUUCCAGUAAGGAAGUUAAUAUGACUAAGGCAAGCAAUGGGCAAGGAUAUCGACGUCGAAUGCCUUUCAUUCCUUUUGCAUUAAGGAAUGAAACUGGUUGUAAAUUGUGGUUCAAAACGAUUAUUGCUACUGCGGACGAUACCAAGAAUGUGGGACAGAAUUUUAAAGCCCAAAAUGACUUUCAGAAGGAUGAUACAUGGCUUGAAGUUCUUCCAGGUGACACUGUUCCAUUUACUUUUGAAGGAAGAGGUAAAUUGAGACAUCAUGCCACGCAUACUGUCAGGAGACAUCAGAUUACAGUGUUGGUAGAUGGGUGGAGACCUGUAGAUCCUGUCACUGUCGAUCGUGUUGGGAUAUAUUUUCGUCAUGCUAGUGCAAAUGUUACUGAUAUACAGAUAGAUACAACACUGUUUCAGAUACUAACGCCGAAAGCUAGAAUAGUAUUUGCUGUCGAAUUAGAAGGAUCAGCUAGAAAAUUAGUAACUGUUAGAUCAGCUUUACAAAUAUCCAAUAAAUUAAAACACACAGUGGAAAUCAAGAUGGAAAAAACCUUGAAUCAAUACGGAUACCAGCUUUUAACUUCAUCUACUAGUGACAGAAUUCUUCAAGUACCUGCCCAAUCCACAAUAUCGAUUCCCCUAACGCACACCGGGGUACAAAUGUGCUUAAAACCUAUCAACUUGAACAAUUUGUUUCAAUACUGUACAGAAACAAUAGAUUGGACCAUAGUUAAGAAACCAUUAGAAGUUAUAGAAAAUCGUAUCACUUGUAGAGCUAAUCACAACAAUAUAUUUAGAAUGAGCGUAGCAGUGAUGAGGGAUAAUUAUCCAUUGGAUAUGAGUCAAAUGCUACCAGCACAUACUAUAACAGUGAUGGCUCCUCUCACAUUAACCAAUCUAUUGCCUCACGAAUUGUUAUAUGAGAUUAGCACAGAAAAUGGUAGAAUUCUACCCGGUGACAGUGCGGAUUUACAUACUGUAAAUGUCGAAGAGCAGCUAGAAAUUACAGUACAGUUAGACGGAUACUCUGGAUCAGGCACGAUGUUGUUGCCACCAAAUACCAACUCUUUCACUGCUCGUCUACGGCUGACAGAUUCUUGUGGAAGAAUAUUAUAUCUCCACGCGGCUGUUAACAUAGAGAAAGGCUCUGCUAUACAUAUUAACAUUACUGCACCAUAUUGGAUUAUAAAUAAAACUGGUCUACCACUGGUGUUCAGACAAGAAGGAGUUGGGAUAGAGGCAGCCGGACAAUUUGAAGAAAACGAAAAAGCCAGGAUGGUAGCUCCUUUGUUAUUUUCUUUUAGUGAUGAAGAAGCUAGCAGAACUCUGUCAGUGAGAAUCGGUACUUCAGUGCAUCCCCAGGGAAUUCCACAGUGGUCUCAACAUUUUCAUUUGCAACCCGGAAUACAAGUACAUCGUCUUAGAAUAUCUCUUCGUGAUGGCAGGCCUGACAUAGUAUAUCUAAUUAGUGUCGCUACUAGGAUAGCUAGAGGGAAAUACAGAGCUACAACUGUAGUCACAUUAUCUCCUAGAUAUCAGCUGCACAAUAAAUCAAGUUCUACCCUAGAAUUAGCUCAGAAAUGUUUCACCACAACAAUUAGUCAUCCAGAUGCUCAAUCCACAUAUAUUAAAAUCAUGUCCAAUUGCCAUAUGGCAUUUCAUUGGCCACGUCUUGACAAAGAUUUACUCCUAUGUGUUCGUAAUGUGGAUGUUAGAAAUUGCAUGUGGUCAGGUGGUAUCAGACUGGAUGACAAUUACUCAUUGACAAUUAACAUCAGAGAUUCAACAGGAAAGAUGUAUUUUCUUCGAGUAGAUGUGGUGUUGCAAGAGAGCACAUACUUUAUAGUGUUUACUGAUGCAGAUACUAUGCCACCACCUAUAAGAGUGGACAAUUUUUCAGAGGUGCCAUUGGUAGUGAAUCAGGUUACCGUGCACGAUAACUUGCAAUGGACAGUCAGACCACACUCCUCUGUCCCAUAUGCAUUGGAUGAAUCCAUCCAGGCUGCUGCUUUAGUUCUUACUGCACCUGGAGGUGUGACAGCUACAUACGAUUUGAAUGUACUUGGAGAGGGCAGGGUUUUAACUUAUGAGAACUUCAUCUACAUUGCCUUCACGGGUACUUUUAAAAAUGAUUGUGAUCUCGGGACUGGAGAGGGUGGUCUAGACCCCCUAGAUGUUGAAACACAAAGACUAGUCUUAGAAGCCGGUCCUGGUGGAUGGGUUGCUUUGAGGAGAAAGCAAUAUGGUGCUAGAUCUCAGUUAUGGAGAAUGACUGGAGAUGGUCAAUUGCAACACGAAGGAUCUAGUCCACCCAGAGAUAAACAUUCAAGGGCUCCAGAAACAGUGUUAGUGUUGGAUAUAGCAGGCACUGCACCUCAACCAUUCACCUAUUGUGCUCUUGCUUUAAGGAAACCUGAUCCCCGAAGGAGAUCCACACAAACUUGGCGAUUCACCGAUGAUGGACGAUUAUGUUGUGCACAUAAGAAUAUGUGUGUACAGUCGAAAGAUGGAUUCAUGGGAUUACACGAAGGGAGUGAAGCAGUAUUAGGCCCUCAAAUGCACACCAAUCCUCCCCCAAUUGAACAGCGUGUUGGUCGACAGAAGCUAAGGCCAGGAUCUGGCUUUUUAUCUGUUACGGUAACUACUGAUGGCCCAACAAGAGUGCUCCAAGUGUUAGAUAUCAAAGAAAGGAAGAAAACGUUCGCUUUAUUGGAAGAACGUGAUUGGUCGCAUAUUGCAAUCAGCCACCGACCAACACAGAUAAAUAGUGACGCAGAGAAGGUCAAUUCCAAAGAAUUGGAAUUGAAAAUCAACUUAACAGCUGGCUUAGGACUAUCAAUUGUUUCUCGAAGACCAGUUGAGGAGCUACUGUUUGCUCGUUUGGCUGGUAUCUCUUUGGAACUGGUUCAAACUCCUAUCAAUACUACUCUAGACUUGAGCAUGGAAGAUAUACAGAUUGAUAAUCAGUUGUUUGAAGCACAAUGUACAUCUGUUCUUUAUGUAACACGAUCCACCCGAGUUGAGAGUGAGCACAGACCAGCUAUACACAUAGUUGCGGAGAAACUGAAGUCGAAGAAUCAGAAUGCAGAAAUAUACAAGCACGUGGUAGUGAGCAUCAAACCACUUUGCAUACAUUUGGAAGAGAAAUUGAUAUUGAAGUUAGUUGCUUUUGUCGGGGCGGGAAGAUCGGAAUUAGAGGUACCUAUGGACGAAAACGAUUUCAAGGCUCAGAGGUUCAUUUCCGAAGUAUCUGCUGCACAUGCUAAACGAUACUAUUUUGGAGCUUUAAAGAUCGUUCCCAGUCAGAUAAAAUUAAGUGUACUCACUACAACAAAACUGCCACGUCAACUUCAGAUUAUAAAAAGACAGUUAGGCUUAACAUUAAUCAAGUUUGAAGAUGCCACUAUUGAGUUGGAGCCAUUUAUUAAGAAGCAUCCUUUUGAGAGCACUCAAUUCUUAGUACAUUCCAUUAUAAAACAUUACAAAGAUGAAUUAAAAUGGCAAGCUGCAGUAAUAUUAGGAUCCGUGGACUUUUUAGGCAAUCCUCUAGGCUUUGUAAACGACGUCACAGAAGGAGUUUCCGGUUUAAUCUACGAAGGAAGCGUGAAAACUUUAGUGAAAAAUGUUACACACGGUAUAUCAAAUUCCGCUGCCAAAGUAACAGAGUCUCUUUCCGAUGGACUAGGAAGAGUCAUAAUGGAUGAAAGACACGAGGAAGCUAGACAGAGAAUUCGAGCUAAUACAGCAGGCAGUAGUGAUCAUUUGGUAGCCGGAUUAAAGGGCUUCGGUUUUGGACUACUUGGAGGGGUAACUAGCAUCUUCAAACAAACCUAUGAUGGAGCAACAAACGAAGGAUUUCCCGGCUUUUUCGCUGGGUUUGGCAAAGGAGUUGUUGGAACUAUCACGAAACCUGUUGUAGGAGUUCUAGAUCUUGCCACAGAAACUGCCACUGCUGUAAGAGAAACCAGUAGAAGUGCUCAUCGUACAAUACCAAAACGUGAUAGACCUCCUCGAGUGGCUAGCGGUUCCGCUGGUCUAUUACCACCUUAUAAUCGUCAACAAGCAGAGGGCCAAGAAUUUCUGUACAUAAUAAAUGAACAUAAUUAUUCAGAAUUAUUCGUGGCGUACGAGUGUUUACGUAGUGGAACGGAGAAUCUAAGAGUUCUCGUUUCUAAUGAAAGAGUCCGUGUGAUUUCCGGUGGUACCAAAGGAGUUGUAACCGAAGUCAGCCUAGCAGAUUUAUUAUAUUGCCAACCGAUGCAUAAACUAGAAAGCAACGGUGUCACUUUAUAUUAUAUUGAAUUAAUAUCUAGAUCUGAUUCGACGAUAGCCGUUAAUAUAGACGGCCCAGAACUCCUAAGGAGACCUAAAGUUCGAUGUGAUAACGAGGAAGUAGCUAAAAGGGUAUCGCAGCAAAUUAAUUACGCUAAAGGAAUGCACGAGGAACGUAGCUUGACUCUUUCCUCGUCGGAUAAUAUGUUAGACGAUGUACAGUACUAUAAAUAGUUGCGAACGGCCAUACGCGAAUAUUUCUUACUUUGUGUUCGAACAUAAGUUUGGAAUCACACGUUUACAAGAAUAUAGAGGUUUUCAUAGGAAAAUUAAUAAUUUUUAAUCAACUCGAAAACUGUUUCUCAAUUCGAAAAGUAUUAAUUCCGAAAUGGUAAAAAAUUAGCUAAUAAUUGAAUAUUAAUAAAAUAGACAAGUGAUCCAAACUUCUUGUUAGUAAUCUAUAUUUCGUACGCUAGUCAAUUCCCGGUUUUCUUGUGUGUUUCGUUUCUUCUUCUUGUCUUGUUCUCUUUUUCCAAUAGUGCACAUAAUGAUGUCUUAUUACGCUUAAAACUAAUUUGAUUGUAAGACUGACGCAAAGUACCGUUUUUGCAAUCCAGCAUUCACAAGAUUCAAAUGUAAGAUCAGUUCAGACAAUAUUCUUUGAAUGAAGACAUUUGAUUAUCGCACAGACAGUACAUACACACAUUUACACAUACAUACACAUUUUAUAUACUAACGUACAAGUAGGAGGUCAGCAGGAAGUCUUAAGAAAGAUGCAAGAUUUUUUUUUAAUAGAAUGUGUAAGUAUAUAUACAUAAAUAUAUAUUGGGUUGUCAACUAAGUGAUUGCGGAUUUUGUCAAUAUCACCUAAUGACAAAACCCGCAAUCACUUAGUUGACAACCCAAAUAUAUAUGUGUAUAUAUAUAUAAUAUGCGUGUAAGAUCUAGUUAAGGUAUCUAUUUGGGGCAAAUCUACUUAUUACUGAAUAAAAAAAGGGAAAAUUAACGACAACCAAAGUUUUUACGAUAGUAUAGGAUAUUUAUUUUCUACAUUAAUGAGUUUGAUAUCUUGCAGACUAUUUUCUGUUUGUGACUAUAGCCUACAUAUUUUUUAUGUAGCUUGUUGUAAAAAUGUAACAUGAUAAUAUCACUAACCAAGUAUUAAUAUUCUUCUUCUAAUAUUAUGAGUGUAAAAUAUAAGGUAAAAGAGAAGGUAGUUUAAAAACAAAACUUGUACAGACAUUGUAAAAUUCAAAAUCAUCAGCUCUAUACAGAUUUGAUUUUUAUAAGGCUGAUGUUUUGUACAGUUCGAGUAUAUGUAUAUAUAUAAAUGUAUAAUUAAACGAAUAAGAAUUGACGUAUUAGCGAUGUAUAAAUUAAUUAUAUACAACGAUUGUCUAGAUUUGUUAUACCUUGAGAUUUUCACGUUGUCAAUGAUAUUUAAUAAAGAACUCCUAUUUUGUUCGAUAA